AUGUCUAGAAUAGACUCAGAUCUGCAGAAGGCGCUGAAGAAGGCGUGCUCCGUCGAGGAGAGUGCGCCCAAGAGAAAGCACGUACGCGCGUGCAUAGUGUACACGUGGGACCAUCAGUCGGCCAAAGCCGUGUUCACGACGCUCAAGACGCUGCCGCUGGCCAGCGACGAGGUGCAGCUGUUCAAGAUGCUGAUGGUGUUGCACAAGGUCAUCCAGGAGGGCCACCCGUCCGCGCUGGCCGAGGCCAUCCGUGAUAGGGAGUGGAUCCGGUCGCUGGGCAGGGUGCACCCAGGCGGGUCGUCCUACAGCAAGCUGAUCCGGGAGUACGUGCGGUACCUGGUCUUAAAGCUGGACUUCCACGCGCACCAUCGCGGGUUCAACAACGGGACGUUUGAGUACGAGGAAUACGUGUCGCUGGUCUCGGUCUCCGACCCGGACGAAGGGUAUGAAACGAUCCUGGACUUGAUGUCGCUGCAGGACUCGCUCGAUGAGUUCUCGCAGAUCAUCUUUGCCUCGAUUCAGUCCGCGAGGAGGAACACGGAAUGUAAGAUAUCCGCCCUGAUCCCGCUGAUUUCGGAGUCGUACGGUAUUUACAAGUUCGUCACCUCGAUGCUGAGGGCCAUGCACAGGCAAUUGAACGAUCCGGAAGGCGAUGCCGCGUUACAGCCCUUAAAGGAGCGGUACGAGCUGCAACACGCGAGGAUGUUUGAGUUUUACGCGGAUUGUUCCUCCAUCAAGUACCUAACCACGCUCGUGACCAUCCCAAAGCUUCCUGUGGACGCCCCGGACGUGUUCAUGAUCAACGAUGUGGACGAAUCGAAGGAAAUCAAGUUUCAAAAAAGGGAAUCCACCCCGACUCCGGCUCGGACUCCGACUCCGACGCCUCCUAUGAUGGAGCCGUCGCUGUCCCCCCGUCCGGUGUCUAGCAGGACCACCAGCACGCCCCUGGGCCAAUUGCAGACCAUGCAGACCGGAGCCACAGCGGCAAUGAUGAUCCCCACCGUGACUGGUGCAGCCAACGCCAUCUUCUCGCAAACGACGGCCCAAAUGCAGCCCGAUUUCUGGGUCAACCAGCAGGCCCAGUUUGCCAACGAGCAAAACCGUCUCGAACAAGAGCGUUUGCAGCAAUUGCGGGAACAACAAGCGCAGCAGGAGAUGUUCCAGCAGCAACUGCAGAAGUCGCAACAGGAUAUGAUGAAUAUGCAUUUACAAGAGCAGAACCAACACCAAAACGACUUAAUCGCCCUCACCAGCCAGUAUGAAAAGGAUCAGGCGAUGUUGGAGCAAUACGACCAAAGAGUGCAGCAACUGGAGGGCGAAAUCGUGACGAUGAACUCGAACGCUUCUAAGCAACUAGCCAACAAAGACGAGCAGCUAUCCGCUCUACAGGACCAACUGGACGUUUGGGAAAGAAAAUACGACUCUUUGGCCAAGCUGUACUCCCAAUUGCGUCAAGAGCACCUAAGUCUCUUGCCCCGUUUCAAAAAACUGCAAUUGAAAGUCAAUAGCGCACAAGAAUCCAUCCAGAAAAAGGAACAACUAGAGCAAAGGCUGAAGCAAAAGGAUUUGCAGCUGGCCGAGCUGGUUAAGGACCGUGACAGAGCAAGAUUAGAACUGGAAAGAUCCACCAAUAACGCAGAGGCCAGCACUGCAGCGGCCGCAGCGGCCGCGGAAACACUUUCCACCGACAAGAUGAACCCUAUCUUAGAUGCCAUAUUAGAAAGCGGAAUCAACACCAUCCAGKAAUCGGUGUACAACCUCGAUUCUCCCUUGAGUUGGUCCGGUCCACUGACCCCUCCGACUUUCCUUUUGUCUUUGUUGGAAAGCGCUUCUGAAAACGCCACGGAAUUUGCUACAAGCUUCAACAACUUGAUAGUGGACGGCCUCAUCAACGGCGAGCAGACAGAAGUCAUACGCUGUGUGAGUGAUUUCAGCACUUCGAUGGCGACACUAGUGACCAACUCCAAGGCCUAUGCCGUGACCACAUUACCACAGGAACAAUCAGACCAAAUUUUGAUCUUGGUAAAGAGAUGCGCUAGAGAAGCACAGUAUUUCUUCGAGGACUUGAUGUCUGAACACCUGAAUCAACUUGACGAUGAGGAGAAAACGGAUAUUGUCAUUAAUGCCAAUGUCGACAUGCAAGAGAAGCUGCAAGAACUUUCAUUGGCCAUUGAACCGCUGUUGAACAUGAAAUCCGUCAAAUCAAACAAAGAAACAAACCCACAUUCCGAAUUGGUUGCUACUGCUGACAAAAUUGUCAAGUCUUCGCAACAUUUACGUGUUGACGUCCCCAAACCUUUGUUAUCGUUGGCACUAUUGAUUAUUGACGCUGUGGUUGCUUUGGUUAAAGCUGCUAUUCAGUGUCAAAACGAAAUCGCCACCACAACAAGUGUUCCGCUAAACCAGUUCUACUUGAAAAAUAGCAGGUGGACAGAAGGUUUAAUCUCCGCAGCAAAGGCUGUGGCCAACGCUACCAAUGUUUUGAUCUCUACUGCAAGCAAAUUAGUCACAUCUGAAGGUAACGAGAACACGUCACCUGAACAAUUCAUCGUUGCCUCCAAAGAAGUGGCAGCCUCUACAAUCCAAUUGGUAGCAGCAUCGAGAGUCAAGACUUCCAUCCAUUCCAAAGCUCAAGACAAACUUGAACACUGUUCCAAGGACGUCACGGAUGCAUGCAAGGGCUUGGGUAACCAUGUCAUGAACUUGAUCGAAAACGAUCAAUCCAAGGCACAGCAACAGCAACCUUUGGAAUUCUCGUCCGAACACACAUUGAAGACUGCCGAGAUGGAACAGCAGGUGGAUAUUUUGAAGUUGGAGCAAUCUUUGAGUAAUGCCAGAAAGAGGUUGGGCGAAAUCAGAAGGCACGCUUACUACAACCAGGACGAUGAUUAA